CCGUGUUUUAGGGGCGGUGGCAGCGUUCCCUGUCGCGUGGGGAGACCCUGGGAGGAGAAAGUUCCCCGAAGCGGGAGUCUCCAGAGCUUCUGAAGGUUGAUUCAGAGCCCGCUGCCUCUGUAGUCUGAGUUCCCCAAACCAGAUCCUCCUUCACGAGUGACCCUGGACAGUAACAAAAGCAAUAAAAGCCCGAACCCACACCCUGCCACCAUCGUAGGUCUGUAAUUACUUUGGAAUCAGUAAGCCAUGGCAUCAAAGAAAUUUGCUAUUAAAUGCGGGGAUUUUGCUGUCCUGGUGGAUCUUCACAUCUCACCGCAAGGAUCAAACAAAGACACCAGCUGGUUUUCUGAACAGAACAAAGAGGAAAUCUGUUUACUGUUAAAAGAAACCAUUAAUUCAAGAGUUAAGGAGUACUUGGAAGUUCGUAAACAGCACAGGCCGUCAAAUACAGAAUUCACAAGAUCCAGUCCCUUGUCCUUAAAAGGUUAUGGCUUUCAAAUCACAGCCUAUUUCCUCAAGAGAGGGAUACGCCUUCGCUGCUUUGGGGGCUCACAGCGUCCUGAACUUCGUGUAUUUCCUGACAGAUUUGUGGUCUGUGUAAGUCAGCUUGCAUUCAGUUGUGAUCUUUCAAGGCAGAAUGAGGAAUUGACGGGAAGAGCUCUCCACGGAGCGUCUGGUUAUUUUGCUGAGUGUGCAGAGGGUCCACUUCCUCCCAGUGCAAAGCGCAAGAGAAGUGCUCUGAAAGCAAUCAUGAAAAGAGCUGAAACAAAAAGCAGCAGCAUGAGCAAAUCACAGGGCAGCAGGGACAUUGUGGGAACAUCGAGUGACUCAGUGGUUGCAGAGAUGGCAGUGAGAAGAGGUGACAGCCAGGCUUCCUCCAGUGCCCCUCCGGAGUCCUCGGGGCAAGCAGAGGAUUGCACACAGGCAGCUGAGAGCCACUGGGGGCUCUCUGUUCAAAAGCUGGAACAUGUUCAUCAGACCCAGCCAGAGGACACCGGCAGCCAGCACAAACCUCAUCCUGGGGCGUGGUUACAGACGGGGCUUCAGAGCGGGAGCGCUGUCUGGAGCUGUGAGUCAGCAGCACCGGGUCCAAAACAAAGUCCACGAGGAGCCCGAGCACAGCAGAAACGCAGGCCCCGCGGCUCUGCGCAGGGCUCCGACCACUGCAAGAGAGUCUCUCUUGGAAGUGAUCCAUUCCUCCCGCGAGAAAUGAGAGCGGGAACAAGCAAAGCUGUCGGGGUUUUGCCAACAUCAGAGCUGUCAGAUCCGGGGUUACUUUUGAAAGAGGAUUUGGCAAAAGCCAUGUCUAAUGAAGAGUUGCAUGUUUUGGAAAAUUUCUCCUCCAGACAUCUUAUGAAAAUUGAGCCAGGGAAGGCCGACCAAACCGGCUCAGCCACCAACACUGAAAGAUUAGCUACAAUCCAGGGCAGCCCAACCAAAAAAAGGAAGAAGUCUGAAAGAGGCCACUGACUUACUAAAGAGGAUUGCAAAGUUGUGGUUGAGGGAUAUAGUGGCCAAACCUGCGAAAAAUGAGAAGUAUGUGUAGAUGCUGUGAUUUCAAAGGAAUUAGAAUGACUUUUUUAAAAAGAAAAAUGUAUCUCUUUGUUGGGGUUAGCUUUCAAAGAAGUCACCUCCAGGAUCCUAUCUGCUUGUUCUAACAACAUGGCUACCUUCUCAUCAAAUUGUGUAACUGCCUUCAGAAAAUUAUUUUAAUGAUAAACAUCCUUUCGCUUUGUCAGAGACGACCCCACUCCUGAAGAACAGCGCGAAGCCCAGUGGUGUUGCUCAGUGGUUGAACAUCGACCUAUCACAGUUCGAUUCCCAGUCAGGGCACAUCCCUGGGUUGCCGGCUCAAUGCUCACUAGGGGGCUUGCAGGAGGCAGCUGAUCGAUGAUUCUCUCUCAUCAUUGAUGUUUCUAUCCCUCUCUCCCUCUACCUUCCUCUCUGAAAUCAAUAAAAAUAUUUAAAGAAAAAAAGAAGGGCAUGUUGGUACUGGGUGCAGUGUAUCCUCCUGCUCCUUGGUUGAGUAGGGGGCCCGUGAAAGAGCAGGCUGGUGGUUCUCAGCAGCUAGUCCUGCACCAGCAUCGUCGGAAAAUGUGUUAGAAACGCAGAGCUUAGGCCCCACCUCAGACCUACUGAGUGAUUCUGAAACAUGCUCAGUCCGGACCCACCAUACUAAUUGGAGACUCCCUAGCAUUUAUUUUCACCAGCCUGGUGAGCGUGGCCUCCUGCUCAUCUGCUGGACCACAUGUGGACAGGUACAUACUUGUAAAGCACCUGAACUCAAUGUGUGAGUCACUGUUCCUAGGUGUUAUGGCUUCCACAGCACCUAGAGAGCUGUUACUUACCCUAAGAAUCACAAGACCUUUCACAGGUAAUUUGGUCCAGCGCUAGAAGACAUGGCAGAGCCUUGUUCUUGCUUGUAGCUCAGGCCUAUCCCUGCCCCUACCUCUAAGAUUUUGGUUAGGUUCAGGAUGGACUAGAACCCGCGGGGAACUCCAUGGCCAGAGUUUCCUGUUUCCCAUUUGGAAGGCUUCACAGACAGUUUAAGUUUCAAAACAGGAGUCUUCGAUUUGCAGUCAUAUCCACUAAGUUCUCCAGUGGGCUGGCUGAAAUGUCACGUAGUGACUCAUAGCAACAACUUAUUUUGGAUGGACACCUACUAAAGACUUUCGUAACUGAAUUCAUUCUAAAAUAGGGAAGAAAUCAUCUUCAAAGCACCCAUCAACUACAUCUUUUUUUCAGUUCAACAUUGGGUGGUCCUUUGAAAUAGCCCCUCCCUAGUAACAACAGAAUCAGUAUAUUCCCAAAAGUGUUGGAAUUCGCAGAAAAAGCCCAACAAAAUGUAAGAAUAUGGACGCAGACAGUGUAAGUCCAUGCCUAAGACUAAUCAGUGGUUUCUCUCAGUUCAUUCUAUCCUCCCCACGUCUCCUUCCCCACUUGCAUAGGAGGGGAAGACAGCAACCAUUUUCAUGGUAGCAUUUUCAGUCAUGAAGUUCAGUCAUGGUCACCACAUCUGUCGAUGGAUAUAGAUGCUCUUCCUUUGAUGUUCCAAACCCUGCCUGGAAACCUGUCCCCUUCCUGUGGUCCCAGCCUCACCACCCCCACUAGGACCAUGGCUCUACCCACUGGUAUCUUUUCCUCUUCCCUCCUAGUUUAUGUCCUCCCCCAGUUAAUUCCCACGAAAUGAUUCUGUAGGAGAAGAGGGAGCCCAACAGAAUGUGGACCACAGUGAGCAGAUUCUGCUCAUCAACAGGGCUACACUGCACAGAACGCACACCUGAGCUCGUGGUAGAGCGUGGAUUUCUGUGGCCCACUGUGGGCCUCUCUCAGAGUGGCCAGGAAGCUAGGCCUGCUCUUCACUGAAGACAGAACCACAGGGUGUCACUGAGGGUUUUAAACAGAAACAAGUAUUGGGAUGGUUUCAUCAGAGGGGUCACAAAUGACCAGGUGAUAAGCCAAGAAACAGUAAGCUCCCUGGAACAGUCUAGAAUAAAGAUAGCCAUUCCAGAACAGUAGCUUUAGAACUAGAAGAUGUUUGAGCCCGAAGCACCAGAAAAAGUCUGUAUUGAGAAGUUUUUAUUUCAUUAGUUAACCUGGGCCUGAUGGUUAAAGUCCAUUCUUAUACUUUUAAUGACUUUCUUUCAAGUAAAGUCUUGGCUUUAGAGUUUGGUGUAUUUAUGCAAAUAACAGUUAUUGUGAUGCAAAAGGGAAAAGAGCUUCGUUGGUGGCAGAUGGACAUGGUCUUUCUCACUGCCGUUGUGCACACAGGGUUUUAACAGGAUUAAUGGCCGGCCGUCUCCACUUCCUCACCUCAGCAUGUGUUUGGGGAGUUCUGCCUCUGAACGUUCUUCUUCUCCAUGUCUGAGACCACCCCGGGGCUCCUAUUACUAGAAUGGUCAUGUGAUUCUUUGGAUAUUUGGAAGUACAAAAGGGAAAAUGGCUGCCAGGUAUUCCUGUUGCAUAUUAGGUGGGAAAUGAAGAGUCCUCUAUUGCUGGGAGUGGUGUGUGUUUUGUUAUUUUUAAUAAUCUUAGUAAAUCAGUCACUGAAAAUCUGAGACCCUGUCAGUAUACUUAGUCAAAAAGGGACAAGUCAUUCAACCACUUACUUAAUAACCCAGAUUAAAUGUAUAUUCAAGUCCCCGUAACUCUGAUGCUUAGAAGAAAUGUGGAUCCAAUUUGAUUAAUGUUAUGACUUUGAACUCCUUAACUUUCUCAGCGUUGUGACUUCUAGGUCACCUCCAUGUGCUUUCAAAUGACUUUUUAAUAGAUUGGUGUUAGGUAUUGCUUUGUUUCGUUUUGUUGUGGUGGUUGUUUUUUUAUGUCCAUAAACAAGAAAUGUCUGAGAAUAGUCUGUGAUUUUUCUUACACAUUUUUCUUUCCUUUGCCAGUGGAGGUUAACUGUCCACCAGAGAUGCAUAUAAAUUGUUAAAUGCCAAUGAGCAAAUGAUGGGGGAGAGAGGAGUGAGUGCUGCAGCUUUUUUGUUCAUAUUUUUUUUACUAUUGAAAAAAGUAGGAAGAUGUUUC